AUGUCGGCGAAACAGGACGCAAUGGUUGACCAUGUCGAUCCUGACGUUACCGAGGAGGAACUCACUCCGAAGGAUAACCCCUUGCCCUGGUACAAGCAGACGGAACUCCGAAAGUUGUAUUUCAUGAUGCCGUUUCUGUUUCUCGCAUCAUCAACCCUCGGUUUUGACGGCAGUCUGCUUAAUGGACUUCAAACCAUGGACACAUGGCAGGCUUACUUUGAUCAUCCCACUGGUUCUCGCCUAGGACUUUACAGUGCCGUUCCCGGUCUCGGUGGCCUGGCUGUUCUGCCCAUAGCGCCCUAUCUCGCCGAUGUACUCGGCCGCAAGAUUGGAACCGCCGUCGGCUGCUCAAUGAUUGUUGCUGGCGCCUUGAUGCAGGCGUUGACACAAUCGUAUCCCCACAGCAGCCGCGAUGCGCUCUUCCUGAUCGGUCGUAUUCUGAUGGGUGCUGGAAGCAACGUUUCGAAUGCCACCGCUCCUCUCCUCAUCACUGAAGUUUCGCACCCAAGGCACCGCGCCAGAAUCACGACCAUCUACAACACAAUCUGGUAUCUCGGUGCCAUCAUCGCUGCAUGGACCUGCUUCGGAACUCUCGACAAUCUGUCUGGCGACCUGCAGUGGCGUCUUCCUAUGGGACUCCAGUGCCUCAUGCCUGGCAUUCUGCUCAUCGCAAUCUGGUUCAUCCCCGAGAGCCCUCGAUGGCUCAUCAGCAAGGAAAGACAUGAGGACGCGCGCAAGGUACUCGUCAAGUACCACGGCAACGGCGAUGAGAACGAUGCUUUUGUGCGCUGGGAACUGGCUGAGAUCUCCAAUACUCUUCAGCUCGAGCGUAGCGCCGCGGCCAACAAUGGAUGGAAGGAGCUGGUGCGCACCAAGGGCAACCGCAAGCGAUGCUAUCUCAUCCUUGCCACAGCUUUUUUCUCGCAGUGCAGCGGCAACGGUUUGGUUUCAUACUAUCUUUCUGUGAUUCUCAACAGCAUUGGUAUCGAAGACGCCAUCACCCAGUCCUACAUCAACGGCGGCUUGACCAUCUGGUGCUGGCUCGUCUCCCUCUUCGCCGCCUUCUUCGUUGACCGCCUAGGCCGUCGCUUCCUCUUCCUUUUUGCCGGCAUCGGCAUGCUCCUUUCGUUCUCCGUCUGGACUGCCUGCAGCGCGGUAUAUGAGCAGACGGGCUCGAAGCCUGCCGGCACCGCCGUCGUCGCCAUGAUCUUUGUCUUCUACGGCGUUGCCGGUGCAGCUUGGCCCGGUCUGACCGUCAGCUAUACCGUCGAAAUUCUGCCUUAUAACAUCCGAGCCAAGGGUCUCAUGCUCUGCUUCUUUGGCACCUCGGUCGCAGGCGUGUUCAACCAAUGGGUCAACCCACUUGGUCUCGAGGCUCUAGCAUGGAAGUUUUACUUUGUGUACAUUGCUGUCUUGGUCAUUGAGGUUCUCGUGAUUUACUUCUUCUUCGUGGAAACUAAGGGACCUACCCUUGAGGAGAUGGCCAUUCUUUUCGAUGGCCCAGAGUCUGCGGCUGCCUAUGGUCGGGCAGAGGCGCAUGCGAAGCUGCAGGUCACACAACAGGAGCAGAAGGAUGAGAAGACUGGAUUAUAA